GGAGUUGGAGCCACACCGUGCUGGCCACUCCACUGCACUCUCCACCUUGGCAAGUUCACACCUGUGCCGGCGGCUGACACGUGAAAAGUCCGCGCGGCUGCACGCACGGCGAGGAGAGCAAGACAUUUGGAGAGGAUUCACCGUGUGAUUGAGGGAGGAGGGACUACAAGUGUGCUUAAUAUUCCUUCCUCUGCUCUGUGGGACUCGCUGCGAGCAGGUACAGCAUCUCUGCAGUCCACCGCUCCUCAGCUGUCACACACCGCUCAGCUGCCCGGCGCGUCAGCCUCACAAGGAAACUUCUCGUUCCGCGGAAUUCUCUCAAAGCAGCAGCAGCAGCAGCAGCAGCAGCAGCAGCAGCAGCAGCAGCGCGCCUUUUCUCUUCUUCUUUUUGUUUAAUUGCGCCGCUUUCGACCUGAUUCAUCUCUGCUUAUUUUCCGCAGCAAAGUGAACUUGCGUGCGCAUUUCUUUUCAACCUGAACUUGACCUCUUUCCAUAUAUUCUUUAUUUCACUUCACUGUGCGAGCGUGAGGCUCCCUUCAAAUGGAGCACUCUAUACACACAACGUCAUCCGUGAUGAGUUACUACGUGGAUCCAGUUUCUUCCUACCCGGCCCUUCACCCCUGUGACCGUCUGGGCACAAUGAGGCAGAGUGGAGGGGUGGCCGUGGGCCCUCACACCCAGUUCCCAGGCGUGGUUCACCCUCAGCAGCAGUACUACCCGUCACAGCCCCUUUACAUCCAGGAUAUACCCCUGCAGGAGGUUCCCAACGGACACGACGUGUGCCCUACAGAUCCGGAGUGUGGAGAUGUCCCCCUGCUAACCCCGGGGAGUAAAGAGAUGAUGUCGCAGGCUCUGAAGGCCACCUUCAGCGGCUUCACAAAGGAACAGCAGCGGCUGGGUAUCCCCAAAGAUCCCAGGCAGUGGACAGACAACCACGUGGCCGCGUGGCUAACGUGGACGGUGAACGAGUUCAGCCUGAAGAACGUGGACUUUGACAAGUUCUGCAUGAACGGUGCCACCCUGUGUGCGAUGGGGAAGGAUCGCUUCCUGGACCUGGCGCCCGACUUCGUGGGCGACAUCCUUUGGGAGCAUUUAGAAAUGCUUCAGAAAGAGGAUACAAAGCAUUACCCCAUCAAUGGACUGACCUCCAACUUCCAGGAAUCACGUUAUACCUCAGACUACUUUGUCAGCUACGGUGUUGAGCAUGCUCAGUGUGUCCCUCCUUCUGAAUACUCAGAGCCCGGCUUCAUCACAGAGUCCUACCAGACGCUUCAUCCCAUCAGCUCGGAGGAACUGCUGACGCUCAAGUACGAGAGUGACUACCCCGCCGUCAUCCUCCGGGACACGCCCCUCAACCCGCUGCAGGGGGACUACUUCUCUGUCAAGCAGGAGGUCGUAUCCCCCGACAACAUGUGCGUGGGACGUCUGAGCAGAGGUAAGCUUGGCGGCCAGGACUCCUUCGAGAGCAUCGAGAGCUUCGAGAGCUGCGACCGGCUGACCCAGUCGUGGAGCAGCCAGUCCUCCUUCAGCAGCCUGCAGCGGGUACCCUCGUACGACAGCUUCGACUCGGAGGACUACCCCGCCGCCCUGCACGGCCACAAGCCCAAGGGCACUUUCAAAGACUAUGUGAGGGAGCGCUCGGACCUCAGCAAGGACAAACCCGUCAUCCCGGCGGCGGCGCUGGCAGGAUACACAGGCAGCGGCCCCAUCCAGCUGUGGCAGUUUCUCCUGGAGCUGCUGACCGACAAGUCGUGCCAGUCCUUCAUCAGCUGGACAGGCGACGGCUGGGAGUUCAAGCUCUCCGACCCAGAUGAGGUCGCUCGGAGGUGGGGCAAGAGGAAAAACAAGCCCAAGAUGAACUAUGAGAAGUUGAGCCGUGGCCUGCGCUACUACUAUGACAAGAACAUCAUCCACAAGACAUCAGGGAAACGCUACGUCUACCGCUUUGUCUGUGACUUAAAAAGCCUGCUGGGCUACACUCCCGAGGAGCUCCAUGCAAUGUUGGACGUAAAGCCCGAUACAGACGAGUGAAAACCGAGAAGCGAAUGAAAGUGGACACAAUAGUGAAGUUAGCCACAUGGACUGUGGCUCAUAAAGUGGUCUUAACUGUUUGAUAGAGUCGGUAAAAAGAAAAAAAAAAAAACAAACUUUUUUUUUGGGGGGGGACCAAAAAUUUGUUUUUAAUGACUAAUUGUGGUCUUUGUCAACUUCAAGCUCCUGUCUCGAGGGCGCAAGUCAAAAAGCCUGUAUUCACACCCUGUUGCAUUUCAGAUGUGUGUGCGCGCAUCUGUGUGUGUAUGUGUGAGUGUGCGUAUGUGUGAUUAUAUACCGGUAUUAUUUAGCAGCUCGAGGGCAGACGGAGCGCUACUGGGUAGAGUUCAGGUUCCCUUCUGCCUUAAAGUAGCACAGCAGGGAGCGACAAGGACCAAGAGAGAGAGAGAGAGAGAGAGAAAGAAAGAGCCUGAGGGGAGCGAGAGAAAGAAGAGCAAAAAUAAAAAUGAUUCACUCCGUUGUUAGGGUAAACAGAGCAGGCGGAAAGUUCCUGCUUAGAAAAAUCAACGGCUGCCAAAAUAUUAAAAAAAAAAAAAAAAGAAAGAAAGAAAAUGAGCUACGGAAGGUUUAAUGUCAUAUUUACAUACAUGCUCACAGUUUCUCUUUAGCAAAGAGUGAGUUUUUUCAGCUUGGACCAAAAAAGUGUUGUUUCCAAUUUGUUGUUUUAGGAGCGUAUGCCUGUGCCAGUAUUAUUGUUAUUAUUAUUAUUAUUAUUAUUAUUAUUAUUAUUAUUAUUAUUAUUAUUAUUAUUAUUAUUAUUACUGAUGUGCAGAACACACCAGUGUAAACCUACCCAGCAUAUAUUGGAAACGGUAUUUUCUCUUACACUGUCAAUGAAGGUAUUACAGUGGAACCAAACCUUAGCUGCCAAGUCUCAACAGUUCUGUUCUCGAGGAGCCUCUUUACUGAAAUGUGCUGAUUCGUUUAUCAGACAACACUAUAGACACACGGGGCCCUGUGCUCUGCAGGGCGUUGAGGACCUGUUGAGAUUACUCAUAGCCAGAGUGUCUGAUAGACAGACAACUGAAAGUAGCCGUUGCUUUUGAAACUGACGCUUUCACCUUUACGUACGUGUUAGCCACCUUGUUAGAGACACAUAUUGUGACUGAAACUUAUGCAUUUUUGCAUAUACCACCAGUAUUAAGAAACUGUAGACAAUCUUAUCGUGGGGGGAAAUCAGGAGCCUUUUGGUAAAAGGAGUUGUUUUGAUGUGCAGACUAGAUGCAUCAUUUGUCGGUUCACUGUCCAUGUUGGUGUUGCUUUAGAAGUGUUUUGAAUAGUCUGUCCGUCUGUCCGUCUAUACAAUAAAAUCACAGGUGAGACAGUUUAGGGGAUGAUUUUGCAAAAUCCUAAGAAUGUCAGAUUUUUAUUUUUUAUUCUGUUUUUUGUUGUGUAGUACAUUUUUUUUUUUUGUCAUAAGGAAGCGGCUGCAGUACAGAAUGAAGAUGCAGUGUUGGAGCAGGGGCAGGCAGUAGGAAAAGUGUUGACGGGAGAGAAUGGGAAGUGUGCGGGAUAGAGGAAGGUGACUGAAAAGGAAUCUGCGGCUCACUUGUGAGGUCUGACAGCAGAGAUGCAAGUUGGCACUGCUCGGAGGUUUGCGUUACACGGGGUUGCGUGCUCGCUUUUCCACCGCCACCGUGGUUGGAUGCAGCUUUCAGCAUCAAACCUUGUCGGAAAAUAGAGGCGUUGAGGACAAAAGGCAGACGUGUGUAUUUCAUUUUUAUGUUAAUGUGCUACUUAUCUAUGACCAAAAUAAUAUUCACUUCGUGUAUGAUUCCACCCGUAUAUAUUUUGUGCAGUUUGCUCAGAGGACGCGCGUAAAGAUUCACUGGUUACAUUUGAGCAAAUUGGCAGCAGCAGUGGGAACAGUGGCUGUACACUGGCCUUAUGGGAAAUGCCAAAGUGGAAUAUCAUCUUAGAAUACAAUGUUAUUGUUUACAGUGGCUGAAUGUUACCCAUAUGGAUGAAAAUAGCUUUUUGAGAUGUCUAUUUGUACAGAUUGUAUUUCAUAAUGCUUUAUUGAGACCCAGAUUACACAAAUAAGCAAGAGACAAAGCAGGAAUAAUAACCAAAGCCCAUGUGAGGUCUUUGGCCACGGUGCUUCGGGUAUCGUCCACAAUGUUGGAAGACAGGGACCAGAAUGCUCUCACGUUAUUGGAAAGUGUUGACUUUUCCUCUCAUGUUUUUGUUAAUAUGUCGGAAAGCACACAGACCGAGGACAAAGAGAGUUGCCUUCGCCGAUCCGAGCGUGGAAAAAAAAAAAAAAAGAGAUGCUGUAUGUGUUCAUAUUGUUUGAUCGGUAACAAAAGGCUUGUUCGCCCCAAAAAAAAUCAUCAAGCACUGACUCACUGACCCUCAUCCUCAUCCUCAUACUCUUCAUCUGACAAAAGAAAAAACAAAAAAAUAAAAACAAAACGAAACUGAUUAGUAAUAAGCUGCACUGUACUUUCAUUCAUUUCUGCAUGUUGAUGUCAAGGUUUCAAAACACUGUUUCUUUGUUCAGGUUCCUUUUCUGAUGUCAGUGUUUUCUGCUCGAAGAGAUUUUAACAUAAUUGUAAUGGUUGUCAGUGCCCUGGAAAAUGUUUUCUCUCCUCCUCCACCCCCCCACAAGGUCAUGAUAUUAGUACGGUUGGCUUCAUAAGAUUAAUGUGCUGAAACAGAACAUUGUGUUACAUGAAAUGUUAAUAUUUUGAAAUUUAUUUUGUCAGGAAAAUAUACUAUUGUUAAAUGUCACAGAUUACAAUCCACUGCAGGUCUCUGUAUUAAUGAACCUUAGUCGGGCAAGUGUGUACACACCGGUAGUUUGUGGCAUAUGCAUAUCUCAGAAUGGAUUCAGAAGGAAAACCGUUUUUUUUUUUUGUUCUUUUUCUGUUUUUUUUUUUGUUUGUUUGUUUUUUGGAUGUUGUUUUUUUGUAUAUUUUAUAGUGUCUCUGUAUUUUUGUUAUGAGAUCAUUUUUAUUGUAUUUAGUUCACAAACAUUUGAAUAUUUUUCAAUAAUUUAUAUUUUAUAAAAAGACAAGAGAUGCAGACAGCUGGUGCUUUCAUGGGAAUUUAAAAGGUAGCGCAGGACAAAAAAUAAUGUAGCGAUUUUUUUUGUUUUCAUUUUUUGUUUUUUUGUUUCUUUUUUAAAUUCUUUUUUAUACAUAAAAUAGACCUGUCUGCUAGAGAAAAAAAGGCUGAUGCUGGCCCAUCAAUGAUUUCUGCUGGAAAGGUUUUAUAAACUGUAGCUUCUAUUUCUAAAAUGUACUUCAAAAUGUUAUAAAAUAUAUGUGAACAAAGA